AUGGUAUUCUAUUUACAAGUUAUCCACAUUACAUUAGAAACAAAAGUUUGCAUUAUUGGUUUAGAAAAUAGCUACUGGUAUAUUCGCCAUGUACCUUACAAAACGCCAAUACCGUUUUUCGGAAGUGAUUACCAUCGCGUAUUAAAUUUAAAAUCUCAAUCGGAAGAAGUAAAUCAGUUGUACUUUAAAUAUCCUAAUGAAAAUUUCGUAGGUACUAUCAAAAGUCGUAUACCGGAGUUGAUUGUUAAAGAUCCGGACGUCAUAAAGAAACUGUUGUCGACGGAUUUUGCGAAUUUCCAUUGCAGAGGCAUCGAGCUCGACAAAUCUGGGGAUGUUUGCAUAAGAAACAAUCUAUUUUACGCCGAAGGUGAAAAGUGGACCUUACUAAGGGAAGGAUUGGAGUCAUUAUUGAACAAUAUGGACUGUGAACUUGAAGUCCGUUUACAUGACUGUUUGUCAGGAAUCAAUGGAGACGUGAACGUUCAACAGUUUUUGUCGGAAGUACUGGACGUUUUAUUCAAGGAUUUUCUAUUUGAAGGGAAGGAUGACGGAUUGCUUAUAACCAACAUAAGAAAAUCCGUACAAAAACGUUCUUAUAUGGAGAAAUUUAAAAGUUAUUUGAAAGAAAUUUUUCCGUCCUUAUACGUUUUGUUCAGAUUGGUCACAAUUCCAGAACAGCUAACAGCAAGUACGAACGAAGCUUUAUCACGGUCGAAAUUGUUAAUGCAAAUUCGCAAAAUUGGCCUCACAGAACAAAUCAAUGCUAAUUACGGAAAAGGUGAUAAUUUAAGGAAAGUAUCAGAAAUGGAGAUAGCAUAUUCAACAAUCUGUCUAUUCAUAACAAAGGGAUAUAUACCGUGUUUGAAUUUGAUUACUUCUUUAUUAUUUGAAUUAGCAAGAAACCCGCAGACUCAAGAGACUUUGAGGAAUUGCCCAAUUUCAGACGUAGACUAUUUGGAUCUAUCCAUCAAAGAGGCUUUAAGGUUACACUGUCCGUAUUCUACAAUAACCAGAAAAUGUGUUAAAUCAUACCAGAUUCCUGACAAUGAUAUGAUAAUAGAUAAGAAAAUAACCGUAACGGUACCAAUAGAAGCAAUCCAUAAAGACCCGCAGCAUUAUGAGGAACCUCAUGUGUUUAAUCCAGACCGGUUCUUGGAAAUUAAUGAUGUGUCAAGGCAUCCUUUUGCUUUCUUACCUUUUGGUGCUGGUCCAAGGAAAUGUAUUGGUGAGCACUUGGCGAUGACAAUUAUAAGAAAAGUAACUAUGGCCAUUCUUAAGAAAUACAAAAUCAAGGUAACAGAGAAGACACCGCCGCAAUUACCUGUCACCGACCACAACUUCAUGAAAAUAAUCAAGAGCGAAAUUUGGCUGAAAUUCACACCACUGCAGUCUACGUAA